AGAAACUUUUGGAGGAAAGUGAAAGAGAACUAGAAAAGAGAUGAGUUAAAAAAAAAUAAAAAUGACAUGAGUUAUCGAUGAUGAUCACGGCACGAACUUCCAAGUUUCAGAAUUGUAUAAUACUACCUCUGUGACCAAAAGGUGUAAAUUAUUGUAUAUGGCAUAAGCCAAUAAAACCCACCAGUGUGUGUGACCAAAAGGUGUAAAAACAACUAAACAUGGACGGAGACGGUCGAAAUGCAUCUCUACGAUCUCCCUUGAUUCAAAUCUCGGAGCAAGAUGGAACCAUAGUUGAUAAUAAUGAAACACAGCAAAACAAGAGAAGGGUAAGAGAAAAAAGAGAAAUUUUUGAAGAAGUCAAGAAGCAGUUAUGUCUUGCAGGGCCCUUGGUAUUUGUGGGUCUGCUAAACUUUUGCAUUCAGAUUAUAUCUAUAAUGUUUGUGGGCCACCUCGGUGAGUUGCCUCUCUCUGGUGCUUCAAUGGCUACUUCAUUUGCUUCUGUCACUGGUAUUUGCUUAUUGCUGGGAAUGGCAUGUGCCUUGGACACCUUGUGUGGCCAGUCAUAUGGAGCAAAACAGUACCGCAUGUUAGGCAUACACACGCAGAGGGCCAUGCUCGUUCUAAUGAUUGUCAGCAUACCCCUAGCAGUCAUUUGGGCAAAUACAAGAUCCAUUCUAAUUUUCCUUGGCCAAGAUCCUGAAAUCUCUGCAGAAGCUGGAAAAUAUGCUCAGUUAUUGAUUCCAAGCCUUUUUGCCUAUGGUCUUAUUCAGUGCCUAAACAGAUUCUUACAAACCCAAAAUAUUGUAUUUCCAAUGGUAUUCUGCUCUGGAGCUACUACAUUACUCCAUCUUUUUGUUUGUUGGAUUAUGGUAUUCAAAUUUGGACUAGGAAGUAGAGGAGCUGCUAUAGCAAACUCUAUAUCUUAUUGUGUGAAUGCUUUGAUGCUGGCACUCUAUGUCAACUUUUCUCCUGAGUGUGCAAAAUCUUGGACAGGCUUUUCAAAAGAGGCACUGCAUAACAUUCCCUCUUUUCUAAGGCUUGCCAUUCCUUCGGCUGUUAUGGUUUGCUUGGAAAUGUGGUCAUUUGAAAUGAUGGUUCUCCUAUCCGGUCUUCUACCAAAUCCGAAGUUGGAAACAUCAGUGCUUUCUAUCUGCUUGAAUACAGCUUCAACUGUUUGGAUGAUCCCUUCUGGUUUCAGUGAAGCUGUAAGCAUUCGUGUGUCAAAUGAACUCGGAGCUGGUCAUCCUUGGGUUGCACGUUUAGCUGUUUACGUUGUCUUGGCAAUGGCCCUUGUUGAGGGAACCUUAGUUGGAGCAGUAAUGAUGCUAAUGCGCAAUGUUUGGGGUUAUGCAUAUAGUAAGGAAGUAGAAGUUGUAGAAUAUGUAGCAAUAAUGUUGCCAUUGCUUGCUGCAUCCAACUUCCUGGAUGGAAUCCAGUGUGUGCUUUCAGGCACAGCUAGAGGAUGUGGCUGGCAGAAAAUUUGUGCCUUUAUCAAUCUAGGUUCUUUUUAUCUAGUUGGGAUUCCAUCAGCCAUCGUUUUUUCUUUUGUAUUGCAUAUUGGAGGGAAGGGGCUGUGGCUGGGGAUCAUAUUUGAACUUCUUGUUCAAGUAUUGUCUCUGUUAAUCAUCACCUUACGUACUGAUUGGGAGGAAGAGGCAAAGAAGGCUACAGAUAGAGUCUAUGAGUCAAUGACACCAGAGAACAUAGUCUAUUAAGCUGUAACCGCUACUGCUACACGUUCAGAACAAAUAUUUAGAUAAAAGACUUCAAGUUUUGUUACCUCUCAUUCUUUUGGUUGAAACAUAUGCCAUAAAAGUCCAAGUACUGUUUUAAUCUAAUCUUGAUCAAGUUAGUGGACCAACAUAGACAAGGCAGUUGGCUUGUCUAUUCUUGUAGUUACCAUUUUUGUUUUUGGUGCGUUGGUGUUUGGUGUAUUAUCUUAUAUUGAAUUGAUGUGUACUGUACUUAUCUUGAAAUUAUAAAGGAAUGUGGAUUGAUAAUAUUAUA